CACGCCCCACCCCCUCUACGUCCUUCGGUCAUUGUUCAGCUUGAGCUAGCUAAUGUGCUAGUUAGAGGCUAGCCUAACCUACAAAUAGGUUUAACUUUUCAUGCAUACAUACAUACAAGGCCGUUUAAGUUUAAAACGGACAUUUAAGAACUUGCCAAAUCAACAAUGAGCAAGAGGAAAGCGCCACAGGAAUCCCUAAAUGAGGGAAUAACAGACUUUCUUGUCGAGCUGGCCAAUUACGAGAAAAACGUCAACAGGGCAAUACACAAGUACAAUGCUUACAGGAAAGCAGCAUCUACCAUCUCCAAGUACCCUAACAAAAUCAAAAAUGGCGAAGAGGCCAAGAAACUGGAUGGUGUUGGAGCUAAAAUAGCUGAAAAGAUUGAUGAGUUCCUGCAAACUGGCAAACUACGGAAACUGGAAAAGAUCCGUAACGAUGACACCAGCUCAUCCAUCAAUUUCCUUACCAGAGUCACUGGAAUUGGCCCUGCUGCCGCCAGGAAGUUUUUUGAAGAAGGGGUGAAGACGUUAGAAGAUUUAAAAAAGAUUGAGCACAAGCUAAACCAUCAUCAACAGAUUGGUCUCAAGUACUUUGAGGAAUUUGAGAAAAGGAUUCCACGUGCUGAAAUGGAACAGAUGGAGACUCUUAUUCUUGGAGAGUUGAAGGAGAUCGAUACAGAAUAUAUUGGGACAAUCUGUGGAAGCUACAGGAGAGGUGCAGCAUCGAGUGGUGAUAUUGAUAUUUUGCUGACCCACCCAGACUACACCUCUCAGACUCAGAAGCAGCCCAAGCUCCUCCAUGCCGUCGUCGAGCAUUUGGAGUCUGUUGGGUUUGUGACCGACACCCUGUCUAAAGGAGACACCAAGUUCAUGGGAGUCUGCCAGCUGCAACCGAGUGAUGAAGAUGAGGAAGAAUACCUUCACAGGCGUAUUGAUAUUAGGUUAAUUCCCAAGGACCAGUACUACUGUGGAGUUCUCUAUUUCACUGGAAGUGAUAUCUUCAAUAAAAACAUGAGAACUCAUGCUCUGGAGAAGGGCUUCACACUCAAUGAGUACACCAUUCGGCCAGUUGGGGUCACUGGUGUGGCAGGCGAGCCUCUGUUGGUGGAUAGUGAGAGAGACAUCUUUGAAUACAUUCACUACAAAUACAGAGAGCCAAAGGAGCGCAGCGAGUGAAGUAAAGGACAGCUUACAGUUACAUCUGUAGUUGAAGCUACAGCUUUCCUGAAAACAAGAAGCAUGUGUACCAAUUUGCGUAUAGUAUUCUAUUCAACAAUGUUAUUGAAAAGAACUGUGAAAGUCA